AGAGAAUGAGGGAAAGAGACGGAGAGUGAGAGAAGGAGGGAGAGAGGGAGGGAAGAGAGAACCAGCCACCUCAUCAAACACUGACAUAGAGGAGACACAGAGAGAGGAAAGAGAGAGAAAGAUAGAGUGUGUAAGAGAGAGAGAGAGAGAGAGAGAGAGAGAGAGAGAGAGAGAGGAGCGGUGAAGAAGGACACAGCAGGAGAAUCAGAGGCAGAACUUCUGUGAAACUUUUCACAAGAGAAGAGAAGAUACACAAGGGUUUGAGGACUCAGGAUGUCGUCAGUUCAUAAGGAAAACGGCCCAGAAGAUGCAGCCCAGCAGAGCUUCUGGAUGCCUGGAAACUACCAGCAGACAGUGAAGAGGACUGAGGACGCUUUCCAGGCGUGUAACGACAUUGUGACGUGUUUUCAGGAACGGGCACGUGUGGAAAGACUUUAUGCUCAGCAGCUCAACGAGUGGAGCAACAAGUGGAAGCCACUAGUGGACACCAGUCCUCUGUACGGCUCUCUGUUACGGGCAUGGCAGUGUUUCCUCUCCUCCGCCGAUCGUCUCUCCGCCCUGCACUCCUCCAUCUGCCGCUCCCUGGUGUCUGAGGAUGGAGACCGGAUCAGGAUGUGGCAGAAGGAGACGUUCCAUAAGAAGAUGUUUGGUGGCUUCAGGGAGUCGCAGGACUUCGAGACGGGAUUCGUUCGCGCUCAGAAACCCUGGGCCAAGAGACUCAAGAAGCUGGAGAAGGCCAAGGCGGCGUUCCACAAAGCCAGUCGUAAGGAGCACACGGCUCGAGAGCGGGAGGCUCAUGCUCAGGGGAACCCCGACAUCACCAUCGAAAAACAGAGGAAGAUCCAGGACGAGCGAGAGAACGCGCAACGGGAGACUCAGAAGGUAAGAGCGAGGUACGAGAAAGUUCUGGAGGAAGUGACACGUUACGCCCCACGUUAUAUGGAGGAAAUGGAGUCCAUCUUCGACCAAUCACAGGAAGAGGAGAAGAGGAUCAGUUUCCUCAAGCAGGCCUUUCUGUCUAUCCACAGACACCUGGACAUCACCAACAACGAGAGUGUAAAGACGGUGUAUAACGAGCUCCAUGAUGCUCUGAUGGCCAUUAAUGAUCAGGAGGACCUGCGCUGGUGGAAGAACACAUACGGGCCGGGGAUGCCCACUGACUGGCCUCAGUUCCAGGAAUACAUACCAGACAAGAAGCUUAAAAAAGGAAAGAAAACUUUAGAGCAGAAGGUGGUGGUGGUGGACAGAGGUGUAAUGAUCGGUGGAGUCCGAGUCCGAGCACUUUAUGAUUAUGUUGGACAGGAGCCGGAUGAGCUGUCCUUUAAAACCGGUGAAGAGUUUGUGAAGGUUGAGGAUGAGGAUGAUCAGGGUUGGUGUAGAGGAAUGAUGGAUGGAGGCAAAGAGGGUCUUUAUCCAGCCAACUAUGUGGAGCUGGUGUAGAUCCGUUGGUGCCACCUUCCAACAGGACGGCAAACACACACACACACACACACACACACACACACACACCUCCCCCACAUUGUCCGACUCUCUUUGCCCAGCCCCACCCACUUACCCCAGUCAUGUUAGAGUCAUGUUACUUCCCCAAGAUGUGACUCCACCUACUCAGCCACACACAAUUAAUCAAGCUCCAUCUCCUGCCAUCCAUAUCAUCCCACAUUGCCCAGCUUUAACCCACUCCCACCUAACCCAGUCCAUCAUUAAUGUGACCCCACACAACUCCACCCAGUCCACUCAGACCAGUUCCUAAAGUCUGAAACCAGACUCCACCCAGCCACAUUCUCUUUUUGGCAAGACCUGCCCUAAUCCACCCAGUGCUCCUUGUUUUUUUAACUGCAUCAAAUUGCAUUGACCAAAUUCCACUCAGCCCCACCCAUUUUGCCCAGUCCCUCCCAUCUACCCCAACCAAUUCUGCCUAUCCCAUUAUACAACAUAUGGCCCCACACUUCUCCACCAUCCCCACCUGCUUUGCUUUGUUCCCACUGAUCCACAUACCACACCUGACUCCAUCCAACUUGUUAUGCAACAUCUGGCCCCACACUUCUCCACCCAGUCCACUCAGCCCAAGUGCCUUCUGCUUUCCUGACUGUACCCUGCCCCACUCAGUUUGCUCAAUUUCACCCUGCUCCACCCACCCGACCCAAUUCUGACAACGUUAUACAACAUCUAGCUUCACAAUGCUCCACCCAGCCCCACCUAUUUUGCCUUACUCUAUAUACCAUAUGUUAUCCAGCCCCACUUUACUCCAUCUACCCCACUCCACUCUCUCCAGUCCAUCAGGUUUAUCCUCCCCCUCUCCUAUCAACACUCGAUUUCACCCUAUAUUUCUCAACUCAUGGACCAUAAUGCAUCUGCACAGAUAAAGUUACUCAACGACCCCUAAGAUGAUGACAGACUCAAUCAAGGAUCAAGGGUGUGUAGAAACCAGUUCUGAAACACAGCCACACUCGGCCUCCUGGUUCCCGACUGCCUUUGGAGCUCUCCGUGGUUCUGGCAGUUUACAUUUCUCAUUUUAUUUCUAUUAUUUGGUAUAAUUAUUAUUGUGUGUAAGCUGUUUGUACUGAAGGAGAAGUUUGUGCUAAAGGUGUUAUGUACAUAUUUAAAGUUUGGAUGAAUGUGAGAAUAUGAUGCUUUAAGAUACACGGUACAGCUAGAAUGCCAACGCGUAUAAAACGUUCUAAUGGUGGACGUCAUGGUGAAUAUCGGACCAGUUCAUUUCAGAGCUAGUCUCAGCUGAUGGAAAGACUACAUCAGGUUGUAACACACAAGUCAUGUGACAUAAAACGCCUCGACAUAUAUAUAUAUAUAACACUUCUGAAUAAAUUUAUGUUUGAACAUCA